AUGCCAAAAAUACGUGCUAUUUCCAGCGAGCUAGAGGAGGUUGCUAAAUAUAAACUGAAUGAAGAUGUAACACAAGUGGAAAGCCAUAUAAAAGUAAUCAGAUCGUGGUUAGCAGAGGUUGAUCUACAAUGCAACCUUCUUGAUGAUCAGAUACUAAUGGCAUUUCUUCGGGGUUGCAAGUUCAGUCUGGAAAAGAUGAAGAAAAAGCUAUUGUUAUUCUUUCAAAUUCGUUCAGAGCUCCCGGAAGUUAUUCAAAAUCGUGACCCGACGAACAGUGCGGUGUUGAAAAUUAUCAAAAUGGGUGUGGCCACUCCUCUUCCGAAAACCAACAAGCCAACGGAUCCAAAAUUGUUCAUAAUUCGAGUCGGAAACUUCGACGUUGCCGAGUGUACUUUUGCAGACGUGAUGAAGGUGGGCACGAUGAUGAAUGAUAUCCUGAUGCGGGACGAUGAUCAAAUGGUGAUCUGUGGCAUGGCAAUCAUAAUCGACUUAAAAGGAGUGACUGCCGGUCAUUUGAUGCAUUUCGAGAUGGAACUGUUGAGGAAAAUCGCGAUAUUGAAUCAGGACGCUUCGCCGUUACGCAUGCAAGGUAUACAUAUACUGAAUCCUCCACCAGGUGCUCAAACUGCUUUGGCAAUAUUUAAUGGAUUAUUAUCAGCGAAAAAUCAACAUAAAAGGAUCUAUACACAUGGCCGCGAACUUGGCUCUUUGCACGAACAUUUUCCUCCUGAGAUAUUACCAAAGGAAUACGGUGGAGAUCUGGACUCGUUAGACGCCAUCACCAAGCAAUGGGAAACCACAUUGAUUGAAAAUCGAUCGUACCUUCUCGGUAUGGCUGAAAUGAAUAGCACUCAUUCAAAUACUUCAUCGUCGGGAACUAAAGCAAAAACUAACUCGAAUCAUAUAUUUGGAACGGAGGGCAGCUUUCGGAAACUAAAUUUUGACUGA